AUGACCAAAUCUCAUAAUAUCCUCAUCACAGGUGUAUCAGGCUACCUCGGAGGCACCUUGCUCGCCCGCUGGGCAAGCGCCAGUCUCACAGGCUAUGAUAAACUUUUUGCCCUUGUUCGCACAGAUGCGCAAAGAGAACAAGUGAAGCAAUAUGGCGCCGAGCCCCUCGACUUUUCUCCUCAUGACGAAGAGGCUGUCCGAGACGCGGUGCUACAAAAUCAAAUUACUAUCGUAUUCUACUUGAUCGAUGCUUUCGCGUUUGUUGGCCAGGAGAACUUCAUCAAGGCUUUGAGCGAAUUGAAGCGCCAGACGGGCCACGAGGUCCACUUUCUUCAUACUUCGGGGGCCAAGAUCUUUUCCAGUCUUGCUGAUGCCCCGACGGAUAGGCCGCUUUUGGAUACCGAUCCUGGUCUGUUUGAUAUCCAGAAAGCCCAAAACCCUUCAAUUUCUUUGAUGAGAAAGCCCGUGGAGACAAACAACAAAGUUAUCGAGCUUGCCGAAGCCAAUGGUGUAGCAUCUUACAUCUUUGUUCCUUGUAUUGUUUACGGCAAAGGCGAAGGAUUCGGAAACCCCAUCUCCAUUCAGACCGUCGCUAUUGUCGAGGCCGCCAUAGCGGCUGGUCGAGUGUACUCAGUGACACCCGGUCGGCCCACCUGGCCCGUAUGUCACGUCGUUGACAACGCGACGCUGUACCUCCAACUUCUCCGCGCAAUCCUGGACGGUGAAAACCCGGGGCAUGGCAAGACUGGGUACUACCUCGCAUCUCCUGGUAGCGUGGCCUGGGACGACCUGUAUAGUGCGAUGGCCAAGGCGCUCAAGAAACAAAAUGUCAUCACAGACGAUAGCGUCGUCCCGGCAGAUGAGUCGUCGUUGAGCAAGAUGGCUCAAGGGCUCAGCACGGAAAGCUCUCUUGUUGAGUUGAGAUUGGGCGGAAAGUGCACUUUCACCCCAACGCAUGGUGCUCAGAUUGGCUGGAAGCCUCAGUUCCCUCCAGAGCACAUCCUUGAGGCUGCUGAUGACGAGGUGGAAAUCAUCUUGCAGACACAUCGUGGUGAUUGA